GUGAUCUCUGAAAAUGGUUCGCUAUUCACUUGACCCGGAAAACCCGACAAAAUCAUGCAAAUCAAGAGGUUCAAAUCUUCGUGUUCACUUUAAGAACACACGGGAAACUGCCCAGGCCAUCAAGGGUAUGCAUAUCCGAAAAGCCACCAAGUAUCUGAAAGAUGUCACUUUGCAGAAGCAAUGUGUGCCAUUCCGACGCUACAAUGGUGGAGUUGGUAGGUGUGCCCAGGCCAAACAGUGGGGCUGGACACAGGGUCGGUGGCCCAAAAAGAGUGCCGAAUUUUUACUGCACAUGCUUAAAAAUGCAGAGAGUAAUGCUGAACUUAAGGGUUUAGAUGUAGAUUCUCUGGUCAUUGAGCACAUCCAGGUGAACAAAGCCCCCAAAAUGCGGCGUAGAACUUACAGGGCUCAUGGUCGGAUAAACCCAUACAUGAGCUCUCCCUGCCACAUUGAGAUGAUCCUUACUGAAAAAGAGCAGAUUGUUCCUAAACCAGAAGAGGAGGUUGCACAGAAGAAAAAGAUAUCCCAGAAGAAACUGAAGAAACAAAAACUUAUGGCCCGGGAGUAAAUUCUGCAUGAAAUACAUGCAAAUAAAAGUAAAAACAGAAUGCUGGUUGUCUGUAUUAUUAAACGUAUUACAAGUAUCCUCACAAAAUGGAUCAAAUGGGUUUUCUUCUGAUUAGAAUUAGAAACUGAUUAUUCUGUUAGCCCUGUGCCACUAAUAUUGAUUUGGAGACAUGCUGUUUUGAAUUUCUUGGUGCUACCUUGCAUAAAAUGGGAUCUGAGUA